CGGUGGUGCCCUUGGGCUGCCCAGAAGGCUCCUCCGCAGACAUGGUAUGGUGAGAUCUGCGGGGAGAAGGCCAGAAAAGGCCGAAAAGCCUUACAAAAAGACCGCCCCCGAUCAACACGAUUUACAGGGCGACACGGGAUGGUCUUCCUGCUGAUUCUGGCGCCUUUUGUGGCCAUUGCCGUGGCCAAAGGUGGCCCUCUCUCGGUACGUAUACGUAUCACUGCCAAGAACACGUUCUGGCCAUUGGCUGCAUUGCAGCUUACGACUGCUACAAGGCGGAGGACAAGGGCGUCAGCUACCGCGGCCACCACGACCACACCCUCAGCGGACGAGCAUGCCAAAAGGUGCGCUGCAAUGGCAUUAUAAUGCAAUGUGUUGAUGACGAUGAUCUAUCAUGACAUUCAGUGGACCGAGGCGGUUCCGCACCAGAUCCCCGAGCAGAUGAGCACCGCAUCGGAGUCGGGUGUGGGCAACCAUGCUUUCUGCCGCAACCCUGAUCCCUCCGCCCACGACAGGCCCUGGUGCCAUACCGUCGACCCCGACACGCCCACGGAGGACUGCGACGUUCCCAUCUGCAAAGGUGGCAGGGAGGGAGGGAGACAGAUAGUGCAGUACGGUGUUGUUUUGUUUGGAUCGGCCAGACACGUCAGACACGUACAGUGAGGACGCGGAGGGGACCAAGGCGUACAUGGGGCACACAGUCGACUGCAACUGCGGAUCGGACAAAACCGGUAGGUACGCCACUGAAUGCAUUCGUCAGGGGAAAACACGGAGAGGCGCCCUCACUGACAUGUCUCCUCCCUCUGUGCUGCGUGCUGUGUGCAUGCUCCAGGUGCUGGCCCGUGGUCAGGCGUCUUGACGCAGAUGCGGCGAAAGCGCCAUGCCAAAGGCAGCAGAGGGCUCCAGGUAGGUACACAUGCACACGCUCACACCAUCACACCAUCAUGAAUUGCGUGCCGUGGAAUGCCUUCAUGUGUGUUGGCAGGCGGGAGACGGAGGAGACGAUUGCGACUGCAUAGACUGACUAGUCAGUCAACGUGGCCAAGCCGGCUGGCAGUCCCUUCCUCCCUCUAUCCACCUGUCUAGCUAGCUUAAUAGAUGGCUCACACUAGGCACUGACUGGCUGCAUGGCUGUCAGCAGAACAGACCAGACCGAUGCGCGUGUUGUGUUGAGUGGUGACCUCUGACAAUGGAUCGAUCGCACGUACACGCAGGCAGUAGAAGCGGUUGACGCAAUA